UAACAUCCCAGGUCGAACACACUGACGCUGUCAUUUUGCCUCUGACCCCUCCACUCUCCUCUCCUCUCCCUCUCUUCCUCUCUCCCUCAUUCUGUCUCUAGCUGCCUGGUCCGGACCGAGGACGAACACCUUCUGGUUUCAGUUCUUGCCUUUUCUCUGCCAAUCAUAGAUCCUGUCAUCCCCUCUGAUUGAUCAGACAUGAAGAAAUACAUCACAGGAGGUCCAGUGAAAGUACAAAUGAUGUAUAUAGAGCUUCUGGUGUUGGUGGGAGUCUUCGGUCUGAGUCGUGGUGCCAUUCAGAGACCAGACUAUGACGACACUCCAAAACCGGAGUUCCUUAAUCCGUCCUGGAUGGCGAGCAUCCCUGACGAUCAGCCGCUGUCUGAGGUCACCAUGCCGGGGACACACAACACCAUGGCCCUGUACGGCGGUGUGUACGCCGAGUGUCAGACCUGGAGCCUGGCCUCCCAGCUCAGAGCGGGCGUCCGCUUCCUGGACGUCAGGGUCCGUCAUGUCAAAGGGAACCUCACCAUCCACCACGGGGUGUCUUAUCAGCGGGCGCACUUUGGACACGUGCUGGAGGGUGUGGCUGAGUUCCUUCAAGAGUUCCAGAGUGAGACAGUGCUGAUGAGGGUGAAGGAGGAGUUCAGUGAGACGUAUGACAUCUACGGAGCUGUGGUCGACCACAUCCACCGCUACGCCCACUGGGACCUGCUGUGGCACAGCCGGCUUGUGCCCACCAUGGCAGAAGCCCGAGGGAAGCUCAUCAUCCUGCAAGACUUUUCUGGACCAGAUCUGGGGAUGCGCUACGGUUCUCUGGACAUAGCAGAUGACUGGAAGGUUCCAACACUCCUUCAUGUGGAGGAGAAAUGGCAGAGUGUCUAUGAUCACCUGGAAGCUGCACCCACAGGAAACAAAGGCCAGGUUUUUCUCACCUUCAGCAGUGGGGCCGGUGUGUUCGCGUACCCCAGAGCCGUCGCUCAGCGCGUAAACCCGCAGCUGUACGACUACCUGAGGGCCAAGACUGAUCUGAACCAGAGGCUUGGAAUCAUUUGCAUGGACUUUCCUGCAUCUCCCAUGAUUCAAAUGAUCAUCGAUUUCCAGCUAAAAGAGGUCAUCAAGAGAAGACAGGCCUUUGACUCAGUCUCUAACAAGUUAAGUUUAAAAUAUAGAAUUUCUUCACUAAGAAAGAAGAUGAUGAAAAAUAAAGCUGUAAACGUCUGAGCCAAAAUCACUGCAGUGAAUUAAAGAUGCAACCAAAGAUACUGUACACAAAAUGAAUGAAGUUUUCUGCAGGAAUAAACUGCUGUUUAAACUUUCAAA